AUGGCCUCUAGGAUUUAUAAUCAAAGUUUCCAACAAGCAAAGACUAGUGAUGGGUUAGCAAAAAUAGUGGGGUUGAGGCCUACUAACACUGGCCAUAGUAUAGUGAAGGACAAGAAAACGAUGGCAAUUGUUGAGAGAAAGGCUAGGCUUGAAAACCAGAAGCAAGAUCUGAUCGACAAAUCUUCCGUUUAUAAUUGUGAUGAGUUCCCUGCCCUCCCAGAGUUUCCUUGUAUGUCGUCAUCUUCAUCGUCUUCAUCAAUCCCAAUGGUCGCGAAGCCAAUUGCAUCAUCUUCACAGUCUUCCACGGCGACAUCUUCUUCUUCAGUAGCUCCUUGGGAUCCCAUGAGCAAAACAAACCAAAACCAACAUGAUGUCUCGUCGUUGUCGCCCCCUGCGUUAUCGUCCACGGUGUCUUUGGAAGAGGCCCUUCUACACAUGCCAAAGAAUGGCAUUGACAACAACAAUUGCAUGAAUGUGAUGGAUGAUUUGGGGUGCAUCAAUUUGUUUGAUUCAAUAGAGUUUUGGGAUCCUUCUUCAAUUCUUAGAACUGAAGAAUUUCAUCAAGAUCAUUUCUCACAAUUUCAGCAGCGUCAAGUAGAGAUUCAACAAUCAUAUGAUCAAGCUCAAAAAAAUGAUGAUCAAUAUGUUGCUCAAAACAACAACGAAGAGAUCCAAUGCCAGAAACAUCUCAAUGAAUUGGGGAUGAUGUUCUAUGAGUGGUUAAAAGCCAACAAAGAGCACAUUUCACCAGAAGACAUGAGGUCAAUAAAGAUCAAGGAAGAAACUAUCAAGUGUGCUUAUAAGCAUUUGGGAGAAACACAAGACGGAAAAAAGCAAUUGGUGAAACUCAUUCUAGAUUGGGUCCAACAGUGCCAACUCCAUAAGAAGCCACAAAGAGAGUCAACUCCGCAGUUGAUCCCUUCCCAGUACCAAGCACCUACUUUUCAUCAAAACCCUAACCCUAAUUUGAGUUGCAAUGGUUUCCAACCUGAGAUGAACCCUUCUUUAAUGCCUUCACCAUGGUUAUCGCAACAACCACCUUCUUGUGUCACUAGCCCUGAAGCCAUCGUGGUGGCACCACCGGCUUUUCCUCCAAUGGGCGAAUAUAGCAGAGGUGGUGCCCCACUAUGUUGCUGCGGAACUCCUGUUUGUCUAAAGCAAAACUUAAAUGGCCAGUCUAAUUAUCAACAUUCGACAGAAUAUCAAACGCCGGUUGCUCCCCAAACACGACCUCCAUCGCAUUUUGCAACGGUGUCUCAAUGUAAUUCACUUCCUGAGAACAACAAUAAUGUUGCUCCAAUUAUGGCUCCCCCCCAAAGUUUUGUCGAAAAUGGGAAUCAACAUCCAAGUUAUCAGGGCAAUUGUGAGCAGUUGGCAGGGAUGGGUUCUUCAGCGACUAAAGAAGCAAGGAAGAAGAGAAUGGCGCGGCAAAAGCGGUUUGUCACACACCCUCGACAUUACUAUCAUCGUAGCAAUCAAAAUCUAAGUGUAAACCAACACUCAAGUCAUGGCAAUGGAGCUCAAGCCAAUUUGGCCAAUUGGGUUCAUCGAUUGCCUAAAGUUACUACUCAUGCUUCCUCAAAAGUGCUUGUGGUGUCAGAUGUCAACCUGCCUAAUCAACCACACCUAGCUCAAAAUCAGCAACAACACCAAGCUUUGCCUGAAAAGCGACUAGGCUUCAAAGGUGAGAACAACUUGAAAUUUCUGCUGCAGAAGGUGUUAAAGCAAAGCGAUGUUGGUAGCCUAGGAAGGAUUGUGUUGCCUAAGAGAGAUGCAGAAAUCCAUCUUCCACUGCUGGAGGCAAGAGAUGGAAUUACCAUUGCCAUGGAAGACAUUGGACUCUCUCGGGUCUGGAGCAUACGCUACCGCUUCUGGCCCAACAACAAAAGCAGGAUGUACAUCCUGGAAAAUACAGCUGACUUCAUCCGGGAAAACGGACUCCAGGCAGGAGAUUUCAUAGUUCUAUACUCGGAUGUCAAGUCUAGGAAAUAUCUGAUAAGAGGAGUGAAGGUUCGGCCAUGACUGAAACCAUCUGAGGCCAGGAAGCCAUACAGAAACCUGCAAAUAGCAUCCCCAGGAGAAAAGAGUGGCUCCCCCUCUCAACAAUCUCUGGAAGACUAAAGUUGAACAGGACAGACCUUAAUUUCGCUGCAAUAUUUCUCCACCAAUCUCUCCAUAUAUAAACAUUGGCAUAUACGGUAGGACAAUUGAAUGGUUAGGAUCUUUUGGUUUUGUAUAUGCUUUUAGUAUGUAUCUAUGCAAGUUAUAAGACUAUAAAGGGCAUUGUCCCGAUCGAUGAAUUUGAACUAUAUAUGCUUGUAGGGUAUUCUGUGUUGGGAG